GGACUUUUGACUGGCCAGUAACAAAGUGCGUGGUGUUGUGUACAUUUUUAUCGUUUCUAAGCUAGUUAACACAUGAACGGCAAUUUACACCGUGAACUGGCAGUAGUGGCGUGAGCAAAAUAGGACAGUUUGCAUCUGAAUGCAAGCGGGGGCUGCGAGUGACUGAAUAGCGGCAGGUAGGGAGAGCUGUAUCGGUCAGCCAUGGGUUUCCGAAAGAAGAACAAGAGCCCGCCGGUUCUGAGCCACGAGUUCGUGAUCCAGAAUCACGCGGAUAUGGUUUCAUGUGUGGCUAUGAUAAUUCUCCUCGGCCUGAUGUUCGAGGUCACAGCAAAAUUUGCCAUCAUGUUCAUCACCGUUCAAUACAAUGUGACUCAAAGUCUUGAUGAGAGGGCUGAGCAAGUGAACCUGUACCAGUACGGUCCUAAAGACAUAGCCACUGUGUUCUUCUACCUACUCAUUGCUGUCAUACUCCACGCCUUAAUACAGGAAUACAUUCUCGAUAAAAUGAAUAGGCGGUUGCACCUGUCGAAAACCAAACAUAGCAAGUUCAAUGAAUCGGGACAGCUUGCUGCCUUCUACUUAUUGUCCUUCAUCUGGGGCUGCAGCAUCUUAACAGCGGAGGAAUUUGCGACAAAUCCUACUUUCUUAUGGGAGGGCUACCCACACACCCACAUGGUCUUUCAGGUGAAGUUCUUCUACAUUUGCCAAAUCGCAUACUGGCUCCAUGGCCUUCCUGAGCUGUACUUCCAGAAAGUGCGAAAGGAGGAUAUUCCCCGACAGCUCUAUUACAUUUGUCUUUACGUCUUCCACAUCACCGGUGCCUACAUCUUAAACCUCCACCGGCUGGGCCUGGUGCUGCUGGUACCUCACUACCUGGUGGAGCUCCUGUUCCACGCCUCACGCCUCUUCUACUUCAGUGACGAGAACAAGCAGAAGGGUUUCACUCUGUGGGCGCUACUUUUCGUCAUCGCUCGCCUCCUUACCCUCACCCUCUCCGUACUGACUUUUGGCUUCGGACUGCCCCGCGCAGAGAACCAGGGUUUCUCACUGGCAAAAGGCAACUUCAAUGUGCUUACCAUUAGGAUGACGUGCCUGGCUGCCAUUUGCCUGACCCAGGCCUGGAUGAUGUGGAAGUUCAUCAACUUCCAGUUGAAGAAGUGGAGGGAGCACAGCCAGAGCCAGGCCUCCAAGAAGAAGGCUUUCAGCCCAAAGAGCAAGCCCCACAAGAAGGACCUGGCCCGGGGUUCUGCCAACGGUGUGGUGAAGUCCGAUGAUAAGACGUCACCCCGUGUGAGAAAAGCCAAAGCCUCAUAGAGUUGGAGGGAGAGAAUGGAGGGAUGGAGCUGAGGAGAAGUGAGGGGGCUAUUCUCAAUGUGACAUUUUGUCUUUUCAUCACUUACAUUUUUUAUUCCCCAAAACAACCUUAACUGUCUCUUUUGUGUUAGAACCUAUGUUUUAAUAGUUAUGUUUUUGUUUGUUUUGAUGACCUCAUAUGUUUGUGUUCAGUUGUUCUUUCUGUGGAUGGGAUGUAAGCAGGGCAGGGUCAACUGGUUAAAUGUUUUAAAGUAUGAAUCCGCUACCCGUGUGUGCCCCACCAACUGCCCCACUGCUUGUGCUGUGUUUAGGGGUUUGGCCCUAAGCCACUCUGGGCUGGCCUUUUGGGCAAGGUGUGUCUGUGCUAAAUCUCUCCCACUCAAAUGAUGUUGCUUGAGAGAGAGGAAGUGGGAAGUAACUGGAUAGAUAAUUGGUCAAAAAGUCAUUUUUGGAGAGGAAUUAUCUGUAGCGAUUGCAUCCAGCUUCAGGGCCCUAGUCAAUCAAACUUUCUAACUGGGUUUCUGAGGAAGUUUAACAUGCACUGUUUGACAGCAAGUGUGCAUGUCACGAUUCAUGUUCUCAACAAAACAUGUAAAACAAGAAGUGUGUGAAACUUUGGACUAAAAGUUUAUUUUACCAUAUCAUUGGUUUUGUAUAGGGACCUCACCAUUAACUCCUAACAGUGUCCAUUUGAUGACUGUAUUGUUACUUGCUUUUGCCAUAUGAAAUCUGUGCUAUUAUGGGAUUGAGGCACUGUUAGUAGUUAGUCAUUGAGUAGCCCCGUCUCACAGAUUGACCAACUCUCUAACAGCCAUAUUCUGACGUUGAUGUACAGUACCAGUCAAAAGUUUGGACACACCUACUCAUUUCACGGUUUUCUUUAUUUUUACUAUUUU